AUGGGUCCCUUUGCUUCCAACAACUGGGCCUGGCCUUAUGCUCCGAUGAACGACCCUUACACCGCCGCCGCUGCCUACUCACAAAUCUCCAACAACACCUAUCCGACAUUCCUGGCAGAUUCCAUGGACACUUAUUCAGUGCACCAACAGCGUCUGCUCAACCAGCAAGCGCCUCGCACCACAGAGUCCAAGCCUCGCCUAUCCAAGGAAGAGGUGGAGGUUCUCGAGGCCGAGUUCCAGAAGAAUCACAAGCCCAACAGCACAACAAAGAAGGCUCUCGCCGAGUCUAUGCGAGUAGACAAUGCUCGUAUCAAUAACUGGUUCCAGAACCGUCGUGCCAGAGAAAAGAAAGAGAAAAACAUCAGAGAAUACGAGGCCAAGCAGAGGCAGGAGAAGGAAAAGGCCGUUGCUGAUGGUGUCAUCAUGGGCGGUGACCGCAAACGUGACCUUGUUGCCUCUAGUGCUCCUUUCCCCGGCUCCCAGCCUGCAUCUCACAUCCGCGAUGGCUCCGACUCGCCAUCAAGUCCUGCCGAUCCCGAUGCCGGCCUCGACUUGAUCCGUUCAGACGAUAUUGUGCCCUCCAUGGAGACUACGCCUGACCUCAUAAGUGAGGCCACUGCUUUUGCGAAGCGCGAGGCGUCUGCCAACGACGAGACCGAGGGCAAGUCGCCAGAGGAGAUGCACGACUACAUCUCCCUCUCCGAGGCCAGCGCCGAUGGCAUCGACAAUGAGCUGUAUAUGCCCAUGGCCAGCCGUAGCCCCAGCCAGCUACUUGGCCCCGAGUUCCAGGGCAUGACCGCUGGUGCUGCCAAGGCUAGCCAGUUCUUCUCCUCGCCGAUGUUCCUGGGUAGCCUUCAGACCGACCAGUCUACCUUUGGCUUAGUUGACCGUGAUGUUUCCAUCAGCCCAACUUCGCAGCUCCCGGCCGGUAUGCAGCUCAAGUCGCCGCCCUCCAUCGACAUUGCCACUCGCCGCAACCGACGCCCGACUCCUCUGUCAAUCAACGCUGCUCGCAUCGGCAACCCGGGCUCUGGGUUCCCCAAGACCGCCAUCGACCUUAACAAGGUGGCCGAUUCGGCUAGAUUUAUGCGCAGAACCUCAUCCGCUUCGAGCUCUGGACGCAUCUCGAAGCCUACGACUACGCCUCGCAACAUGUUCACCAUGCACCGAUCGCCCUCGUCAACCGGUGCCGCCAGCUCCAUGGCUCCCCCGACGCCCGACACUCCCAUCGUUAGCAAUGUUCAGAACAUUAACGAUCUGGCCCUGUCGGGAAACUUUUCGCUGGACACCAAGAUUGCCGGCUUCAUGUCCCACGACCCUACGCUGUCAACACCCCCCAGCACUCCGGGCAUGAUGGACAGCGGCUUCCACAUGAACUCGGCCUACGGAAUGGGCAUUUCGGAGGACUACCUGGUCAACACUGGUCUGACGGGUCUUCCUUCAAACUUUGAUCUGUCCGCCAUUUCUGUUCCCGGAUACGUCAACGGCGCUGGCAUGUCUGUUCAACAAGCGGCCGGCGUAUACAACCAGCAGAGCAGCAGCCCUUCGUACCUGGGCUUCUAUGGCAAUGCCGACUGGUCUGCUUAG